UACGCGCAGAGCGCGUCUUAAACGUCUAGUAAAAUAUAUAUUACUCGGUGUACAUUCAGAGACUGAUCGUUCGAUGCUUCUGUCGUCGAAUCAGUAAACAUUGCAACGUCAUUGGCGUCACGAUCAACAGCCGCAUACUUUGUUAGUGCAUUGAGCGUUUAAUUAACACGCGACUCCUUUCUACUCGUCGUCUGCUAAACUUUCACGCGAUCGCCAACUCGCAUACUAGCGGCCAUUCUGUUAACUGGCACAGACCUGCGCAGGCGAGUACUUACAUGCUCAAAAAACAUAAUGCAUGAACGAGAGAAAAAAGUUCAGCGCUCCGACCGUACCUACGCUGGGCUAUGCACAACAGCGUAUCGCGAGUACUUAUCCAUCUUUGUCGUGUUAGUCGAACCACUUCUAUAGUUUAGUUUAAAAAACUAAAGACUUCUGAACCUUCUUCUUUUGAAGGUCGUCGUCGAUCAACCUUUUUGGUUGUACCAAAACACUUCGGUGUUCACGGUAUUUCACUUUUUCACCAUAACUCGCGACAUAACUGUGGAUGAUCGAUUGUCGAUGGUGAAGCUUGGAGCUCAUCGUCUGGUAUGCGACGACGACCUUUUCAGUAUUAAAUAAAUCGUAAACAAUUUCAAGUUUUACCAAAAGUGAUCUCAAAAUGCAAAGUAUGUGGAAAUACGUUGCCCGGGGUGUACGCGAUACGAUCGAACGUCGAACAUGUCGCACCAAUAUUUAUUCCCAGAGUGCUCAACAAGAACCAACGCCAGAAAAUCCUGAAAGAUCUGUUGAUCGCUGUAAAAUCCUCAAGUCCGUCCGCCCUCAAUUCUUUGCUGUUUUCAAUCGUUAUGGUUAUAAAAAGUACUCGGGUGCGGAAAAGGAUGAAACCAAAGACAAAUAUAAGGCCGAAUAUACUUGGUGCGAUGCCGUGAGUUGGUCAAGCGUUUUGGCUGUUGGAUACGUUGUAUGCCAUACUCUUUGCCUUCGUCUUAAACGAUUAGAAAUUGACAAUUUUAAUAUUGAACAAUGGAGAAGAAGAUUGCUUGAAAAUCAAUCUUUUGGAACAUCCCAAGCUUUUUACAAAUUUUUCCUGCCAAAGCCACAGUUUAUUUUAUCCAUAAGUAAACAUCCUGCGGAACUUGAAGAUUCUGUUAAGACUUUUGAAGAUCAAGCAAUUAAAGAUGAAACAUUUUAUGGCCCACCAACUGCUGAUGAGGCUAUUAAGGAAGCUUUGGACAAAUUCAUAUUGACUCAUAAAAAAGUUUUGGCUGAACAUGAACUAGAUUAUGGAAUGAAAGCUAUUGAAGAAAAACGAUUCAAAGAUGCAGUUCAACAUUUCACCAUUGGUUCUGAACUGUUAUCGGUUUCUAGUAUGUUCAAUUUAGGUUUAUGUUACGAACUUGGCUUAGGAACUUCUGUUGAUUAUUCAAAGGCAGCAGAGUAUUAUCAAAAAGCUGCUGAUAAAAACCAUAUUGAUGCCAUGUAUAAUUUAGGUAUAUUUUAUGCUCAAGGAAAAGGCGAUUUUCAAGUAAAUUUAUCCACUGCCAAAAAGUUGUUUACUCAAGCAGCUAAAAAUGGGCACAUAAAAGCUUCUAAAGCUUUACUUUUAGAAAAAGCUUUUCAAAAACAAUCUGGACAAAAAUACAAAAACAGUUAUUUAGAAGUAAAAACUCUGAAAAACAAUGUCAACAAUAAUGUUAUUUCUACACUGUUGAAUUUCAACUUUUUGAAUGACAUUGAUAUGUCAAUUAAAAAGUCUGAUGAAAUUGAUAACUUGUAUAAUGAUGAGAAAUCUUCAAAAAAUCCUACAGAAGUUUUUUUGGAAAUAUUAGGCGUUAAUGAGGAAACUGCAAUGCAGAUCAUUUAUCAAUAAAUUUCAUUUAUUAAUUAAUUUGUAUUUUACCUUUUUUCUCAUCUAAUGAAAUCAUUGAUUAAUAAAACAGGGACUGUUUUGUUAAACUAUUUGUAGUAAAUGUACAUAAAAUGUAUAUAAGUUUGUAAAUAUUUUAGUAGAUAAUAUUUUAACAAAUGGAUAUAAAGAAAUUAUGAAAAUGUAAACAAAGUAUGAUGAGAUUAAUCAUCUUUUUCAGUACUGUAAACAAGUUCUACCUGUACAUUUUCAUUGGAAAAUAAAAAUUAAUUACGAUUUUUUUA